AGCUCUAUUGUCAAAUUUGCGCUUGCAAUCGCUAUAUUUGCAUCAUUGCCCGAUGGCACCUCCGAUGUCUUCAGCGGCGCUGGAGCAGCAGUUCCAGGCGCGUAUCGCUGAGGCCAAGGAAGCAGCGCGCCUGGCUUCCAUCGCGGCUGCUGCGCGCGCUCAAAACGCGUCGAAUGCGCCGCCGUUCACUUCGACGCCAGCGGUCCCUGGCGUUCCAUUUCGUCCGCCACCAAUUCCUCGAGCUUCAAGCAGAUUCGCAGCGCCUCCAGAACCUUUUGCAAUGGGCAACGUCCCUCCAGACGUCAGAAAUCGCAUCGACCGACUCGUGGAGUUUGUGGCGCGCAAUGGCGAUGCGUUCGAAGCCACAGCCAAGGAACGGGAACGAGAUAAUCCGGACUUUGCCUUCCUGAAGCCUGGCGGGCCUUAUUCGAACUAUUACCAAGCGAGAAAACAGCAAAUGUGCGGAGCCCAACCGCCCCAAGUAAGUCCUUCAAUGGGAUUUAGUCAUUCGCCAUCUCCGAGAGCUCCUUCCGGUUCCCCCAACGCUCCUCCACCCGUGUCGACAGACCUACUCGGCAUGUCCGUCGGUGCCAUGGCCAACGUGUGCAAGUUCGCGCGGGCCAGUGGCGUGCAGCCAUACGAACCGAUUUCUCAGGAAAUUAUCAUGAAUGUCGGAAGUUUACCCCCUGUGGAACCCGCACGACUAGAGAUUCGACUGUCAGAGUUUUAUCGCGAUGAAGGACGAUAAGACAUGGUAUCCCUUCUAUAGUAUCAAUUUGUCUAUUGCUUGCGUACAUCUACACUAGGAAACACCAGACAAUCUAGUUCGAAUGUCGGCCUCCAUGGCUUGACAGUUGCCAUUUCUACCGCUUACAAGUACAGGAAAUAUCAAGAUUUCGUCGUCGCUGUCUUGUACGCAGUCGUCAUUUACAUCAUCAUCCACUCGAAGACCGUAAACAAGUUUCGUGAUUUCCAGUGCAUCUUCGUCCUCGUGACGUCGAGUUUGGGAUGGUUUUCUGCCUCUCGUGUCCAUACAGAAGCUCCUACUAUCCAAACGCAAACAGCUUUCCGUGGCAGCUUGAACCGCGUCAGCGACAGCGCGAGUAACUGCAGGUUUUUCGGUUGAUUUUCUGCGGCUAUCGAUUUGUUCACUUAGUCGAAGUAAUCGUGGAGAUACACCCAUUUUGCUCCGUGUCCUGGGAGGAAGAACGCCCAGAAGUGACAUGGAAUCUCGCAGUUCUUCAGUCUCUCGGCUCUGCUGACGAAAUGCGUUACGCACAGACAAUCUGGACGAAAGAGGGCGUGAUUUCCACGAAAAGGAGUCAGCUACUGCUGCAGGAACACGUUGGGGGCAUGGGUCUGCUCGACGAGCACUUUUGCAUCUACGUCCUGUAGCAGAGCCGAGUUUCUGACGAGGCUUGUGACCCUGCAUGGACUGCGUUCUGUCCAACACUCGCCGCUCGCAAGUCAUUCGUCGAGACAAGCGACGUCCCGAGGUUAUCGCUGCUAACCGCUGCUCUUCGUGCUGGAUGUUAAGUUGGGAAGCUCGUCGAUGCAUCUGCACAAACUGUUGCCUGCGAUUCUCUUGUACAGUCACAACGAACGUGUGUGAGCCUCCGCACGACACCAUCGUAGCGCCAGUACCCGAGAGCGCAUGGACAGGCACCGGAAGCAGAGCAACUCGACGUGUAGGCUCCAGAUCCUCGUCAGGGAGUCCUAACUGGCCUUCCUCACCAAAACCCCAUGCGUACAAUGUGCCAUCUCUACAGAGUGCCAUGGAAUGCCAUUCUCCAAAAGAAAGCUGAGUCACCUCUGCGUCUUGCAAGACACGAACACGAGAGGGAAGGCUACGAGAUCGAGUCUUGCCCAGUCCAAGUUGGCCUAACGACCCACUGCCCCACGUAAACACGUCUCCAUGGACAGUAACGACACCGCUGUGGCUGCCUCCGCAUGCUAUGACAGUGACUGUUGUGUCUUUCAAGGCGUUGAUCAGUGUUGGUACUAAAUGACUCUCAUGGUCUCCAUGGCCUAAACGACCAUCGUCUCCAAUACCCCACGAGUAUACGCGUCCUCUACUGAGCGCCAGUGUAUGAUACAUCCCACAAGAUAACUCGACGUCUUCAGGCGACGUUGAGUCAGAGCAAGACCCACUACCAGCCCCAGCUAUCGGACCUGAAGCGCACACCUUACGGAAGAAAGAAAUGUACUCGAAGCUGGUCCGAUCGAUGCGAUCGCCCAUACCAAGUUGUCCUGCGACGUUGCUACCACACGCUAGCACGUUCAUCUUGGUCAGAAUGAACGAUUGACAGCCUCCACAAGCGAUCCCGCGAACGCUGACAAUCUUGUCUACUCGAUACGGAGUGUCCACUGGCUGUGCAGUCUUCGUCCCCAUUCCUAGUUGCCCACAAGUGUUGUCACCCCAACUGAAGACUCGACCAUCAACACUAAGACAUAAUGUGUGGUCACUGCCACAUGCCACGUACUGCACACAGGUCGAUGUGAGAUGAGGGACACGCUGUGGCUCUUGCGAAGACUCUAGAUUGUCGUCACCCUGUCCAAGCUGUCCACUAGUCCCCAGUCCAAAGCAGUACAAGUUGGAAUACACAUCGAUGAUGGCCGAGUGAGCUUUACCACAGGAAAGUUGCAGUGGAUGCAGCCAUCUGCAUGCAAACGGCGUUGGUGUCGUCAUGUUACAGUCUCCGUCCGUACCCAGUCGACCGUCGAUGGUACAUCCAAAGCCGAAGAGGAAAGUAGCUUCCUUCUGCAGUACAGACACGAAUAAUGAUGGUAGCAGUGCAGUUGAGUUGAAAACUUCAUCGUACGUUUCGUGAAUUUUGUGGUGAAUCUGGAACGUGCGCAGCUCUGAGUCUUCUGAGCUUGUGACUGUGAUCUCUCGAGUUUGUCGCCAGUCCUUGGACGUAAUGACGAGACUUGAAGGAGACGCUGUGAUGCCGAUCUUGUUCAUGAUGACGCGCACGUGAAUCGUGACCGCUUUACCCUUUGAUGGGGGUCUCAUGAGCUUCAGACGGUAGCGAAUGUCGCUGCCCUGGCGUAGACGUACAUACUUGGGGUAAAUGCGUAC